CUGUGGUAGAGAAUCAUAGAAUGGAUGAUUUCAGAAAUGAGUUUCACAAAGGAUUGCAUGUUCUUGCUGUUGACGAUGACUCAACCUGUCUCAAGAUUCUGGAGACUAUGCUACAAAAGCACAAAUACCAUGUAACAGCCACUAAAAAUGCACAAACGGCAUUGAAUCUGUUGAGAGGAAACAAAAACGGGUUUGACCUUGUUAUCAGCGACGUGCAAAUGCCAGACAUGGAUGGAUUUAAGUUGCUUGAGCUUGUGGGGCUUGAGAUGGACCUACCUGUCAUAAUGAUGUCGGUAGAUGAUGAUUUUAAGAUGGUGAUGAAGGGAAUUAAACAUGGAGCUUGUGAUUAUCUUCUGAAACCUGUGAGACUUAAGGAUGUAAAGAAUAUUUGGCAGCAUGUUGCCAGAAGGAGGAAGAUGGGUUCAAAGGAGCAGAAUAGAAGCAGUAACCAAGAGAAAGCUAAUACUGACAGCAAUGAAAGAGGUUCAGUAGCAACAGGAAAUUCAGAUCAAAAUGUAAAGUCUUCCCGAAAGAGGAGGGAUGAGGAUGACUAUGAUAAUGAGGACCAAGAGAAUGACCAUGACAAUGAGGACUCAUCAUGUCAUAAGAAAGCUCGAGUUGUUUGGAAUGCAGAACUGCACCACAAGUUUGUUUCUGCUGUCAAUCAAUUAGGCUUUGAAAAAGCUGUACCUAAAAAGAUUCUUGACUUGAUGAAUGUUGAAAAGCUUACAAGGGAGAAUGUGGCCAGCCACCUUCAGGCAUUUUUGUGA